UGAAUCUCCACCACAAAUUCAGUUCGUCUUCGUUAUCACCAUCAGUGAAUCAAAAACAUAAUAAAAAUGAAAGUGAUCAUUGCCCUCGCUGUCCUAAUCUCCGUGGCCCUAGCUGCCCCCCAGAGAGAUGCGGAUGCAGUAGUAACCAGAUACGUCAGUGACAAUAUCGGCAUUGACGGUUACAACUUCGCAUACGACACGAGCAACGGAAUCUCUGCCCAAGAAAGCGGCCAGGUACAAAACGCGGGAAGGGAGGACGAAAGCAUCGCCGCUCAAGGACAAUUUGCCUACACCGGCCCUGAUGGUGUACGAUAUGAAGUAAGAUACAUCGCCGACGAAAACGGUUUCCAACCCGUUGGCGCCCACCUUCCAGUAGCGCCUUAAGUACCUAGGAAAUAAAAUGAUUUAUGAUUAAAUUUUUGUUAAAGACUUUGAAUAAUAAAAAAAAUUAAAACUA